AAAGUGUCACCAAAACCUGAAAACUUUCAACCUCAAAAAAUCCAAAUUUGUGCUUUGUAUUCCGACAAAAAAAAUGGCGACUGCAUCUCUAGUUCUGACAUCUAAAGUCUUCUCUGUCUCUUCGAAAUGCUCAGCUUUGAUUAAAGCAAGGACUGGCGUAGUUGUUGCAUCGGCGCAACAGCAACAACAGCCAAGAAGGAGAGAGCUGCUGCUGAAAUCGGCAGUGGCGAUUCCGGCGAUUCUGCAAUUGAAGGAAGCUCCGAUAUCGGAGGCGCGUGAAGUGGAAGUUGGAUCAUACUUACCUCCGUCGCCGUCUGAUCCUUCCUUCGUCCUCUUCAAAGCCAAACCUUCAGAUACUCCUGCUCUCCGCGCAGGAAAUGUUCAGCCCUAUCAGUUUGUUCUACCUCCGAACUGGAAACAGUUGCGAAUAGCCAACAUUUUAUCAGGUAACUACUGCCAACCGAAAUGCGCAGAGCCAUGGAUCGAAGUGAAGUUUGAGAACGAGAAGCAAGGCAAAGUUCAAGUAGUUGCAUCUCCUUUGAUCCGCUUAACCAACAAACCAAAUGCAACCAUUGAGGAUAUCGGUGAGCCUGAGAAAGUGAUUGCUUCUCUUGGUCCUUUUGUCACCGGAAACUCUUAUGACUCUGAUGAACUUUUGAAGACUUCAAUCGAAAAGAUUGGAGAUCAAACGUACUAUAAGUAUGUGUUGGAGACACCAUUUGCGCUCACGGGAAGUCACAAUCUUGCAAAAGCGACAGCAAAGGGAAACACGGUGGUUCUGUUUGUCGUGAGUGCUACUGAAAAGCAAUGGCAGAGCUCACAGAAGACUCUUGAAGCCAUUCUUGAUUCUUUUCAACUGUAAUUCCUGAGUUAUUGUUGAGACUCUGAACUCAAGAAACCAUAGAGAAAACGGUAUGUGUGAAGUGAGUAUCUGUGUAGUACAAUUAACUCGGAUUCUUUUUUACUAUAAAUUUGAGCUACAACUCGGAUUUACAUAGUUUUUUAC